UUUCCCACGUCAAGAAGGCCGCGUAAAAUCAACUUCUUUCCAUCUACAUCAACUCUACUUGAUUGAUAACUUAAUUACCUUAUAAACUUAACUCUACCUAAUACAUUUUACCUAAUAAUCGUCAAGAUGCGUAUUUCUUCCCUCUUAACCACGGUAGCCGGCGCCACUUCUGCGUCCGCGGCGGUGAUGCAAAUUGCUUCCAGCGCCGCACCCUGGAAAUGGACUGUAACAGGAUGGAGUGCUGGUUGCGCGAGAGAAUGUCACUAUGACUUCAACGUGACCGGCACUGCCAGUUCUACGUCGAGGCCGGCCAGACCUUCGUUUAAGGCGUACUGUAGCGGAGAAGGCGAGGGUGCCAACUAUAGGGCCUGCACAGCGCUCGAGGAAACCGAAACCGAGUACCUUGUCCUUGCGAAACUCCUCCCGAGUAACGGCACUGCCAACGGAACAUCUCACAAGCCUCAGAUCCAAGUGAGCGUAAAGUUCACCGACUUGGAUGUUUCGACGACGUGGUGGAACUACACUGGAAAGGCCGUGGCGUCGUACAACCAAUUCGUAGCGCCGCUUAUGAACUUCACGAUCACUCCCGAUACCAUUUACGGUGUAGCGUAACAGCGGGGAGUUUUAGGGUAGUGCACGGUGAUGUGUCAGGUACGACAUCUUAGCGUACUUGUUGUCGGGUCAUCGACGUGGUCCGGGAAGCAAACACAUGUGUCGCAAACGUGGUCGGUUCAUUGGCGACAACAGCGUACAACCUACCGACCGAGACGAUCUCGAUGGUCGGUCGCGAAUCACCCUCACAUAGUAGUGGUCCGGUCUAUUCAGUUUCCUAUGCUAGAAUGAGCCAAGAAGUACGCCCUUAAUAAAUAUCAACUACCCGAACCUGAACGUCGGAUCAAACCCACAUAUGCCUUACUGAAAGGACCAACUUGAACGUCGAUCACAAGAUAAGAUCGAGGAGGGCUCAUCAGUUGGUAGAUCUACACCUAGCCCUUCUGGCUUGUAUGUCUCGCGAGAGUGAGGAUGUAAGCCUAGACUAUAGACGUUCUUAUUCAUAGACGGGACAGAUGUUGAUUGCCAAUGUCAUGAUAACUUGAUUGACUAGGCACGACAACCCAUAAUAUUAAUCAUUAAUAAUUAUAAAAUCUUGCGUUCUUCAAGUGACCAUUUUCAUAUAGAGAAAUUUGUCGGAACGUCCGUCUUGGCAGUCGUCGUAUAUACCGAGCCCGAGAUUGAAUGCAAUUGUUUCGUUGGGUACAUCUAACAUUGCGAUGACGAGACUUCAGUUAGG